UUUAUGUAGAUCAUUGAACCUCGCACCUACCUAUAGAUUAAUUUUUCCAACUUUCAUUUUUUGAACUAUUUUCUUGCUUUAAUAUAAUGGAAUCUGUACAGAAGCUUUUCGGAAAAAAGCCUACGCAAGAUGAAAUGGUAAAGAAGUGGCAAAGAGAAAUAAGAACACAACAACGUUCGUUAGAACGACAAAUUAGAGAUUUCGAAGAAGUAGAAAAAAAAACAACAAAUUUAUUAAAACAACACGCUAAAAAAAAUGAUUCAAAAGCUUGUAAAUUAUUUGCUAAAGAACUUAUUAGGACAAGACGUCAAAAAACUAGAUUAUAUACUAGUAAAGCACAAUUGAAUUCUAUUCAAUUACAACUACAAAACCAAUUAGCUACUCUUAAAGUAUCCGGAUCAUUAAAAAAAAGUACUGAAGUAAUGAAAAUGGUUAAUGGAUUAGCCAGACUACCAGAAUUAUCAAAGGGAAUGCAAGAAUUAUCAAUGGAAAUGACAAAGGUAAUAUAUGUAAUCUCCAUUUUAUUUUAUCGAAAAAGUAGUUAUUUAACACCUUUCGUGAUUAGGCUGGUAUUAUCGAUGAAAUGAUAGGAGAUACUUUCGAAUUAAUGGAAGAUAGUGAUAUUGAGGAAGAAGCUGAUGAAGAAGUUAAUAAAGUUUUAUUUGAAGUUACAAAGGGAUUGCUUGGUGAAGCUGGUGCCGUUCCAUUAGAGAACCCAGAAUUGGAAGAGGAAGAAGAACCUGCCG